ACCCCCGCGAAAUCUUCAAACCCACCAACGCCAUGUCCAUCUCGCUGCUCCUCUCCUCGCCGCCGCUGCCGCCGCCUCUCCUCCUCGGCCGUGGCACCCGACGGAGCGCGGCGUCCCUCCAGCUCCAAACCUCUCCCCCGUCUCCCCUCCGCGUGAGCCUCGCCGCCGCCCGUUGGGAUGGUGGCAGGAGGUGGUGGCGCGUCGAGGCGCCGCAGGCCACGACGCGCGCGCGGGCGGCUGCCAGGGCUGGAAUUUCGGGGGGAGGAGGCGAUGGUGAGGGUGGGGAUGGGACGGGGAUCGCCGCGGCGGCGGCGGUUACGGUGGCGCUCGCGGUGAUGAACCGGGUGCUGUACAAGCUGGCGCUCGUGCCCAUGAGGAAUUACCCGUUCUUCCUCGCCCAAGUCACCACCUUUGGGUAUGUUAUAGUAUAUUUCUCUAUUCUUUUUAUAAGAUAUCAUGCUGGUAUUGUCAGUAAAGAAAUGCUAGCACUUCCAAAAUCACGCUUCAUGUUAAUUGGCUUACUAGAAGCAUUAGGCGUUGCUUCAGGCAUGGCUGCUGCAGCUAUGUUGCCAGGGCCUUCUAUCCCAGUGUUGUCUCAGUCUUUUCUAGUUUGGCAGCUUAUCUUAUCUGUCCUCAUUUUGGGAAGGAAAUACAGAGCAAAUCAAAUAUUUGGGUGCUUGCUUGUCACAAUAGGGGUAAUUCUAGCAGUGACAAGUGGAGCAAACAGUGGUCCACUUCUAUCUGAUGUCAAGUUGCUCUGGCCAGCAGUGUUGAUGGCUUCGUCUGCAUGCCAUGCUGGUGCAUCUAUAAUCAAGGAAUUUGUUUUUAUCGAUGGUGCAAAACGUCUUGAGGGACAGCGACCUGACAUAUUUGUGGUCAACUCCUUUGGGUCAGGUUUUCAGGCUCUGUUUGUUUUCCUACUCCUUCCGUUUCUGUCUAACUUAAAAGGCAUCCCGUUGACUGAGCUUCCUGCAUACAUAAACCGUGGUGCAGCGUGCUUUCUGAAUAUUGGAGGUAAUCUGAAGGAUUGCCAUGGAGCUCCUUUGCUGCCACUGCUCUUCAUAGCUGUGAACAUGGCCUUCAACAUUUCUGUUCUAAAUCUGGUGAAGAUGUCUACUGCACUGGUUGCUUCGCUCACAGCAACUUUAGCAGUACCUCUUUCCAUAUAUGUCUUGUCCCUACCUCUGCCAUAUAUUCCUGGUGGGACAAAUUUAAGCACAUCGUUUUUGGCUGGUGCCUCCAUCUUAGUGGUUGGGUUACUUAUAUACAAUCUUCCUCAAAAAUCAGCUGAUCGAAUGAAGACAGACUAAUCUAUACCAAGUAUAAGGAUGACAGGAUUUGAUGUUCCUGAAUAUAAAUACUGUAAUUCCGUUUCAUUUACCAACAGCAAAAUUUUGUGCAGAACUUCUCAAAGAGUGCCGCGCUACUGCGAUUCUGCAGGCUAUCCUGUGAUACUUUCAAUCAGAUAGGGCCUAGUUUCACGAACUAAGGAACUCUGCCUUCGUUUUUGUCUUUUGUUUUGUGACACAACUACGUUUGACCUUUCAUGGUACAGUGUGUAUACGGAGUACCCUGUUUUUUGUAGUUGCUUCUUGUUUUGUCUUUGGCAGGAGUUGUACAGUGUGUCUGAUAGGUCUGUGCUAUUUCUAUGACUGGGUCAAGCCAGGGGAAGUUUCAUAGUCCUAAUCUAACGAGUGCCCUGACUUCUCGCUUGGGGCAGGUACAAUAGCAGGCUAUAAGAGCAGGUACAAUAGCAGGCUAUAAGCUAGUUAUAAGCAUAUUUUA